AUGUCUCUACUGUCUGUUAUAUCGCGAUCGCGAGUGCGCGCAUUCCAAGCCCGGCGAAUGCCUUUCGCUAGACUCCUGUCAACACUACCGAACACGCAUAUCUUCCGCGCACUGCAAAACCACGACCCGGACAGCUUGGCGGUGAUCCAUAGCGUGUCGGAGCGGUCAUUCACAUACGGAAGUCUAAUUGGUGACGUUGUUCGGGCCCGAGAUGACCUCGAGCGCAAGGCCGCAAAAGCACAGGGUUCAUUGGCCGGCGAGCGGGUUGCGUUUCUUGCGGAGAACAGCUAUGACUACGUAGUGACUAUGCUAGCGAUCUUUGCUAGCGAUGCUAUUGCUCUGCCUCUCUCCCCGGCGUUCCCAACUGGGGAGUUGAAGUAUAUCCUCGACAAUUCGCAAGCUAAGAUGUUGCUUGCUACUGAAAAGUAUGCCGACAAGGCCAUGGAGGUCCUGCGAGAGGGAUUGGAGCACGAACCUAUCUUCAAUGUUCGCAAUAAGCUCCAGGGCACGAGCGGCGACUCCGUUGUCCUGAAAGACCUGGAACAGCCUUCCAUGGGCGGAAUGAUGCUAUAUACCUCGGGCACAACGAACCGACCGAAAGGCGUUCUCAUCCCACAAUCUGCAUUAGCAGCACAGGCAUCUUCCCUGCUAGAAGCGUGGAAGUACAGUCCAUCUGACCGACUCCUCCACCUCCUACCACUGCACCACAUCCACGGCGUGGUAAACGCGAUCGUAGCACCAAUCAUAGCAGGCUCUUCUAUCGAGUUCAUGUACCCGUUCAACCCAGAACAAGUCUGGAAGCGACUCGGCGCGCCAUUCCUCCCAACCCCAUCAAAAUCACCAAUAACAUUCCUAACCGCCGUCCCAACAGUCUACAACAGACUAAUGACCACAUUCCCCAGUCUGGACCCAACCCUCCAGAAAGCCAGCAAAGAAGGAAUCUCUCCCUCAAACCUCCGGCUGAACAUCUCCGGCUCCGCCGCUCUCCCAACACCCACAAAAACAAAAUGGACAUCCCUCAGCAAAGGCAAUAUUCUCCUAGAACGCUUCGGCAUGACCGAAGUUGGCAUGGCAAUAAGCUGUGGCCUAGACAAUGCAGACCGCGUCGACGGCAGCGUAGGCUGGCCGCUACCGGGCGUUGAAGCGCGGCUGGUCGACACCGAGACGGGGAAAGUUAUCCCCGAGACGUCCUCAGCAGAAGGCGAGAUCCAGUUGCGCGGCGAUACAAUUUUCAGCGAGUAUUGGGGCAACGAGGACGCUACGCGGGAGGCUUUUGUUGAUGGCUGGUUCUGCACGGGGGAUGUUGCUAGUCGGCGGGUUGUUGAGGGGGCAGGCAGUGGGAGGAGUGGGGAGUGGGCUCGAGGGGGGAUGUAUUUUAUUCAGGGACGGAAGAGUGUGGAUAUUAUCAAGACUGGGGCGGAGAAGGUUAGUGCGUUGGAGGUUGAGAGGGAGCUGCUUUCUUUACCUCAGGUUGUUGAAGCGGCGGUUGUGGGACUGCCCUCCGAGCAGUGGGGACAGAAAGUUGCUGCGGUGGUUGUUCUCAGUGAUGAUGCUGCUGUAAGUGGGAAGAGUGGACGGUCCUGGGGACCGAUGGAUAUGAGACGUGCUUUGAAGAAUUGUCUUGCUUCGUAUAAGAUUCCGCAGGAGAUGAAGGUAUUGGAUGCUAUUCCGAGGAAUGCGAUGGGAAAGGUAAACAAGAAAGCACUCAUCAAGGAGGUCUUUGAUGUUUGA